AUGGGCACGGUCAGUCAGAUCCGACUGCUGCUGUGGAAGAACUGGACCCUCCGCAAGAGGCAGAAGAUUCGGUUUGUUGUUGAAAUUCUGUGGCCUGUUGUGUUAUUCAUCGGACUGGUGUGGCUGAGGAAAGCCAACCCGCUCUACCGCCAACAUGAGUGUCAUUUUCCCAGCAAAGCCAUGCCCUCGACCGGGAUACUACCAUGGAUCCAGGGGAUCUUCUGCAAUGCCAACAACCCCUGCUUCCGAAACCCCACUCCUGGCGAGUCCCCGGGCAUCGUCUCCAACUACAACAACUCCAUAUUGGCCCGGUUCUACGUGGACAUCCAGGAGUUGCUCUUCAAUGACACAGAGUUCCAGCAGGUGGGCCGGAUGUGGCAUGAGCUUAGCGUCAUGAGCAACUUCAUGGACACCCUCCGGAACAACCCCGCCCAGAUCUCAGGGAGGGGACUGAAAAUUGAUAGCAUUCUGAAGGAGGACGAGACCCUCACCUCAUUCCUGUUGCGGGACGCCAGGCUCCCAGACUCCGUCGUCUAUCAGCUGAUCAACGCCAGAGUGCGCACGGAGCAGUUUGCAUACGGCGUGCCCGACCUCGCGCUGAAGGACAUCGCCUGCAGCCAGGCUCUGCUGGAACGCUUCAUCAUCUUCCCGAGCCGCCGCGGCCUGUACGCUGUCCGCAACGCCAUGUGCGCUCUGUCGCAGGACAAGCUGCAAAAGAUCGAGGACAAGCUCUACGCCAAUGUGGACUUCUUCAAGCUCUUCCGCCUGCUGCCGACGGUCUUGGACAACCACUCCACUGGUAUCGAUCUGCAGUUUUGGGGCCACGUGAUCUCUGCCCUGUCAGAGAAGCUGCAAGAGCUGGCAGAAAGGAGCAGCUCCAAAGACCUCCUUGAGGUGCUGUACCCCAUCUUCCAGUCCGGGGGACCCUCCUCCUUCAGCCAGCUGCUGGACACAGUCUCAGGGCUCUUCUGCGGGCACCCCGAAGGCGGAGGCACACGGGUCUUCUCCUUCAACUGGUAUGAGGACAACAACUACAAGGUCUUCCUGGGCAUCAAUGGCACCAAGGGGCGGAGUGACUACGUCUAUGAUGAGAGCACCACCCCCUUCUGCAACGCCCUCAUGCAGAACCUGGAGUCCAACCCCGUCACCAAGAUCGUGUGGAAUUCGGUUAAGCCCCUGCUGAUGGGGAAGGUCCUGUAUGCGCCAGACUCCCCCGCCGUGAGGCAGAUCCUGAGGAAGGCAAACACCACCUUCGAGGAGCUGGAGAGGCUGAGGGACAUGGGGAAGGCCUGGGAGGAGGUGGGGCCUCAGGUCUGGGACUUCUUUCAGAGCGGAGUCCAGAUGAACAUGAUCCGGGAGACCAUCAAAAACCCCACAGUGAAGGAUUUCAUCGACCGACGCUUUGAGGACAUGGAAAUCUCAUCCAAGGACAUCCUAAACUUCCUUUACAAUGGACCGGAAGAGGACCGUGAAAAGGACAUGCCCAGCUUUGAUUGGAGGAACAUCUUCAACCUCACUGACCAGCUCAUUCGCAUGUUCAACCUGUAUGGGGAGUGUGUAAACCUGGACAAGUUUGUUGGCCUCUUGGAUGAAGAGCAGAUGACCCAUCAGGCCCUGUACCUGUUGGAGGAGAACAAGUUCUGGGCCGGGCUCGUCUUCCUGGACAUGUAUCCCUGGACCAACAAGCUGCCAACUCACGUCAAGUUCAAGAUCCGCAUGGACAUCGAUGCUGUGGAGCGCACCAAUAAGAUCAAAGACAGGUACUGGGACCCCGGGCCCCGGGCUGACCCCAUGGAGGACCACCGCUACAUAUGGGGAGGCUUCGCCUACCUGCAGGACAUGGUGGAGCACGGCUUCAUCAGGGCGCAGACGGGCGUGGACUGGCCGAUGGGCGUAUACGUGCAGCAGAUGCCUUACCCCUGUUAUGUGGAUGACCUCUUUAUGAUCACGCUGAACCGCUGCUUCCCCAUCUUCAUGGUGCUGGCCUGGGUGUACUCGGUCUCCAUGACGGUGAAGAGCAUCGUGCUGGAGAAGGAGAUGAGGCUGAAGGAGACCCUGAAGGCUAUGGGCGUAGCCAACGGCGUCAUCUGGUACACCUGGUUCAUCGACAGCUUCCUGAUGAUGACUGCCAGCACUGCGCUGCUCACCACCAUCAUCAUGUCAGGGAAGGUGCUGAACUACAGUGAUCCCAUGAUCCUCUUCCUGUUCCUGAUGACAUUCACCGUGGCAACCAUCAUGCAGUGCUUCCUGAUGAGUGUGUUUUUCAACAAGGCCAACCUGGCAGCUGCCUGCAGUGGGAUCAUCUACUUCACUCUGUACCUGCCACACAUCCUCUGCUUUGCUUGGCAGGAGCGCAUCACCAAGAACAUGAAGAUCGCGGCAAGCCUGCUGUCCCCGGUGGCUUUUGGCUUUGGGACGGAGUACCUGUCAAGGUAUGAGGAGCAGGGCCUGGGACUCCAGUGGGACAACAUCAGGACCAGCCCCCUGGAGGGGGACCAGUACUCCUUCUUCAUGUCCAUUCGCAUGAUGGCAUUAGACAGCGUCCUCUACGCCGUCCUUGCAUGGUACCUCGACAAUGUAUUCCCAGGCCAAUACGGCAUUGGUCGACCAUUCUACUUCCCCCUCCAGCCCUCUUACUGGCGUGGACCGGAGCCCUCGGCAACACAACCGGCUGCCCCAGAAAAACCAGAUGCCACAAACCCAGAGAAGCAGGAGGAUGCUCAGAGCAUGAAGCCGCCAGAGACGCCCGAGACGAAGGAGUCCAAUGAGUCGGACAAGAAGGCUUGCAAGCACCAGGACAGGCGGGAGAAAAAGGAGAAGGAGAAGGAGGAGCAGCUGAAGAAGAUGGAGGAAGGAACUAAGAACCAGGAAGAGACAGGACUGCCAGCACGCGGCCUCCUCUUGGAACCCGAGCCAGAAGGGCUGACCCCAGGUGUGGCCGUGAAGGACCUGGUGAAGAUAUUCAAGAGUGGCUCCCGCCCGGCUGUGGAUGGCCUGACCAUCACCUUCUACGAGGGGCAGAUCACCUCUUUCCUGGGACACAACGGAGCUGGAAAGACCACCACCAUGUCCAUCCUCACAGGGCUGUUCCCGCCCACCUCAGGCACUGCCCACAUCUAUGGGAAGGACAUCCUGACAGAGAUGGACUCCAUCCGCCAGUCUCUGGGCAUGUGUCCCCAGCACAACAUCCUGUUCCAACACCUAACCGUGGAGGAGCACAUCCUGUUCUACUCCCUGCUGAAGGGGAGGUCCCAGGCCGAAGCCCUGCAGGAGGUUGAGGACAUGCUGGAGGACCUGGGCCUGCCGCACAAAAGGCGCGAGGAGUCGCAGAACUUGUCGGGGGGCAUGCAGAGGAAGCUGUCUGUUGCCAUGGCAUUUGUGGGUGGCGCAAAAGUGGUCAUCCUGGACGAGCCUACCUCUGGGGUUGAUCCCUAUUCCAGGCGCUCGAUCUGGGACCUGCUGCUGAAAUAUCGCUCAGGCCGGACAGUCAUCCUCUCCACGCACCACAUGGACGAGGCCGACCUCCUGGGCGACCGCGUGGCCAUCAUCUCCAAAGGCCGGCUGCACUGCUGCGGCUCGCCCCUCUUCCUGAAGACCUGCUUCGGCGCCGGCUUCUACCUGACGCUCGUGCGCCGCAUGAGGGAGUUGCGGCCGCGCCAGAGGAAGGAGAAUGAGUGUGACUGUGCGUCAGAGUGCUCCUGUAACUGCUCCACUUGCACCCGGCACAAAGAGGAGAGCCUGAACCCUCCCCAGCCUGUGGAGCGUGCCAUAGACGGCGAUUUGGAGAACAUCACCAACUUGAUCCACCACCACGUGCCAGAGGCCAGGCUCCUAGAGAUGAUUGGCCAGGAGGUGACCUACCUGCUGCCCAACAAGGACUUCAAGUUCCGUGCCUAUGCCAGCCUGUUCAGGGAGCUGGAGGAGACACUGGGAGACCUGGGCCUCAGCAGCUUUGGGGUUUCGGACACCUCCCUGGAAGAGAUCUUUCUGAAGGUUACAGCUGAAGGAGAGGCUGAAGUGAAUGGAAACGCCAUCAUAGACAGACUUCUGCCUGCCAAUGGUCAGGGGAACCCCGCGGGCUUAGACAGCGGCGCUGGGAGAGGGUCCAGACAGGUGAAGGGCACGAGCCUGGUCUUCAAGCAGUUCUUCGCCCUGCUGAUCAAGAGGUUUCACCAUGCCACACGCAGCCACAAAGACUUCCUUGCUCAGAUCGUCCUGCCGGCCAUGUUUGUCCUGGUGGCCCUGUUCUUCACCCUGAUCGUGCCGCCCUUCGGCGAGUACCCCAGCCUCACCCUCAGCCCCUGGAUGUAUGGCCAGCAGUUCACCUUCUUCAGCAAUGAGCGACCGUCCCAUGAGGAUAUGAACCAUUUCGCAGAUGUUCUUCUGAACAGGCCUGGGUUUGGAACACGAUGUAUGCUGGAUCAGCCUCUGGAGAACCUCCCCUGCCACAACAUCACCACGGACUGGGGGGUGCCACCUGUGCCCCGUGUGGUGCAGAACAUCCUUUUGAGUCCUGAGUGGACCCCUCAGAGCCCGUCUCCCAGGUGCCAGUGUAGCACAGAGAAGAGGCUGACCAUGCUCCCCGUCUGCCCCCUGGGAGCCGGAGGCCUGCCCCCACCGCAGAGGAUUCAGCCCACAGGGGAUGUGAUUUUGGACCUUAGCGGCCGGAACAUAUCAGAUUACUUGGUCAAAACCUACCCCAGUCUCAUCAGGACCAGCUUAAAGAGCAAGUACUGGGUGAAUGAACAAAGGUAUGGGGGUAUCUCUGUUGGAGGGCAGCUUCCAGUCCUCGACGUGGACCCUAAAACCAUCCAGGAUGUCCUCACCCAGCUGGGACGCAUGUUGAAUGUCACAGGGGGUAGUUAUUCUAAGCUUGCUCUCAGGGAAAUAGGAACGUUUUUGAAAUACAUGGAAAGUGAAUAUAAUGUCAAGGUGUGGUACAACAACAAGGGCUGGCACGCCAUGGUGUCCUUCCUGAACGUGGCCAACAACGCAAUCCUCAGGGCCAACCUGCCGGCCCACGCUGACCCGGCCGCGUACGGCAUCACCGCCAUCAACCACCCCCUCAACCUGACCAAGGAGCAGCUCUCGGAGGUCACCGUGCUGACCACGUCGGUGGACGCAGUGGUGGCUAUCUGCGUGAUCUUCGCCAUGUCCUUCAUCCCCGCCAGCUUUGUGCUCUACCUGAUCCAGGAGAGGGUCACAAAGGCCAAGCAUUUGCAGUUCGUCAGCGGCGUCAGCCCCCUGGUCUAUUGGGUCACCAACUUCUUCUGGGAUAUGCUGAACUACUCUAUCAGCACAGCCAUGGUCGUGGGGAUCUUCAUGGGCUUCGAUAAGAAGUGCUACACGUCGCCCACCAACCUCCCUGCUCUCAUCGCCCUGCUGCUGCUGUAUGGGUGGUCAGUGACGCCCAUGAUGUACCCAAUGUCCUACAUCUUCAGCGUCCCCAGCACGGCCUACGUGUCCCUGUCCUGCAUCAACCUGUUCAUCGGCAUCAACAGCAGCGCCAUCACCUUCAUCCUUGAGCUCUUUGAAAACAACCGAGCUCUCCUCAGGUUUAACGAGGUGCUGAAGAAAAUGCUACUGGUAUUUCCUCAUUUCUGCUUGGGGCGCGGGUUGAUCGACAUGGCCAUGAACCAGGCAGUGACAGAUGUCUAUGCCCGAUUUGGGGAACAGCACAGCAUGGAUCCCUUUAAAUGGGACUUUGUGGGGAAGAACAUUGUUUUCAUGGCCGUUGAAGGCUUUGUGUAUUUUAUUUUGACCAUCCUGAUCCAGUACCGCUUUUUCCUCAAUCACUGGGUAGGGGAUCCCCCGAGGACGGACUUGAAAGACGAGGACGAGGAUGUCGCUCAGGAGAGGGAGCGGAUGUAUAACGGAGGAAGCAAAGACGACAUCCUGCAGAUCCGGGACCUGUCAAAGACGUACGUGGGCAAGAAGCGGCCGGCGGUGGACAGGAUAUGUGUGGGCGUGCCGGCAGGGGAAUGCUUCGGCCUCCUGGGAGUGAACGGUGCCGGAAAGACGACCACCUUCAAGAUGCUGACUGGAGACACAGAUGUCACCUCAGGGGAGGCCUCUGUCGCCGGUUACAGCAUUCUCACCAACAUCCUGGAUGUGCAUCAGAAUAUGGGGUACUGCCCCCAGUUUGACGCCAUUGAUGACUUGCUGACUGGCCGUGAGCACCUCCACCUCUACGCCCGCCUCCGCGGGGUUCCUGAAUCGGAGAUCAGCAGGGUGGCAGAGUGGGGCAUUCAGAAACUGGGCCUAUCCGAGUACGCCGAGCGCUGCGCUGGGACUUACAGCGGUGGCAACAAGCGGAAGCUCUCCACAGCCAUCGCCAUGAUAGGCUGCCCAGCUCUCGUUUUGCUGGAUGAGCCCACCACCGGCAUGGACCCGCACUCCCGGCGUUUCCUGUGGAAUGCCAUCAUGAGUGUCAUUCAGGAUGGGAGGGCUGUGGUUCUGACCUCACACAGCAUGGAGGAGUGUGAGGCACUCUGUACCCGCCUGGUCAUCAUGGUCAAUGGAACCUUCAAAUGUUUGGGAACCAUCCAGCACCUGAAAUACAAGUUCGGCGACGGCUACGUGGUCACCAUGAAGGUCAAGCCGGCUAAGCCUGGCGCAGCCCCGGACCUGAAUCCGGCCGAGGCGUUCAUGGAAAGCAGCUUCCCUGGCUGCGUGCAGCGGGAGAAGCAUUACAACACGCUGCAGUACGAGAUCGCCUCCUCCUCGCUUGCACGCAUCUUCCAGCUGCUGGUGGCCAACAAGGAGAGGCUCAACAUCGAGGACUACUCCGUCACCCAGACUACGCUCGACCAGGUGUUUGUGAACUUCGCCAAGCAGCAGUCGGGAGAGGACGACGACUUGGUGCUGCACCCCCGGGCGGCGGGGGCACGGAGAGAAUUGAAGGUCGUACCGCUGGAAGAUAAAAAGAAAAAACCCUAA